AAUUUCAACACAAAACGUAAAUAAGUAAACAAUGUCUAAAAUAUUUACACCCACGAAUCAAAUAAGGCUUACAAAUGUAGCAAUUGUAAGACUCAAAAAGGCGGGCAAGCGUUUCGAGAUUGCCUGUUAUAAAAACAAGGUAUUAUCCUGGCGAAACAACAGCGAGAAGGAUAUUGAUGAGGUGCUACAAACACAUACGAUUUUCACCAAUGUGUCCAAGGGACAGGCAGCCAAGAAAGAUGAACUCCAGAAAGCAUUCGGUGCUAAAGACGAAACAGAGAUCUGCAAGGAAAUCCUUAGCAAAGGCGAACUGCAAGUUUCGGAGAAAGAGCGCCAAAGCGUACUGGACUCACAGCUAAAUAGCAUAGUGAACAGCGUAGCUGCACUCUGUGUAAAUCCAGAAACUCGUCGCCCAUACUCGGCAUCCAUAAUAGAAAAAUCUCUCAAGGAUGCACAUUUCAACGUAAAGAUGAACAAGAAUACAAAACAAAACACGUUGGAAGCAAUUAAAAUGCUGCGCGAACAUAUGCCCAUAGAACGUUCCCGCAUGAAACUGCGUGUAAGCUUUGCUGGCAAAGAAGGCGGUGGCAAGCUAAAGGAAUCGGUCAUCAAACUUGCAAACAGCGUUGAGCAUGAGGAAUGGGAUGAAGCAACGCUGCAUUUGACAUUGCUCAUAGAUCCCGGACAGUAUCGCGUCAUAGAUGAGCUGGUGCGCAAUGAAACCAAGGGAAAGGGUCUGCUGGAGCUGCUCGAACUCAAGGAAGUUGUAGAAAGCGAUGACAUUUUUUAGAUAUGGAUUAAAUCCAAUAUAGUAAAACUUUUCUUUACAUAUAUUAUAACUGAUUAAAUAAUUGAAUAAAAUUGUG